AUGGCGUGUUGCGCUGCACGGGUUUGGAGUGAAUUCUUGUACCAGCGGUUAAGUAUAGUGGUGUUGGGUUCAACAGAAGCUCAGUGGGAAGCACUGAUGGAUGUGACAACGGAAUUUCGACCUGGGAAAUAUGCGAUUGUGACAAUUCAAAAGGAGCCAGUGAACUCUAUGGACUAUGCGCUGUGGAGCAAGUUGCUUGAUGUGCUUGAUGCACUUGAAAAUGACCAAAGUGUCCGAGGGGCUGUCUUCCUUUCGGGUCUCAAGAAGAACAUCUUCACAGCAGGCAAUGACAUCAGAGAACUUUAUGCUCCCAAGACGUCGCUGGAAAGAUACAAGCGAUUCUGGGUCACACAAAACGUGUUCCUGGCACGGUUGUACCGCUCACGCCUUAUGACAGUUGCAGCAAUCAGAGGCGCAUGCCCCGCUGGUGGCUGUGUGCUGUCAUUGUGCUGCGAUCAUCGUGUGAUGACAGACUUUGGAACAAUAGGCUUGAACGAGGUGGCACUAGGGAUUCCUGUUCCCACCUUGUGGGCAAAGAUGAUGUCGCACACCCUUGGCACUGGGGUUGCCUAUGGCCUACUGCAUGAGGCAAAACUGCUGAGCCCACAGCAGGCUCUCUCUGUUGGGCUCGUUGAUGAGAUAGUCAGCAAGGAGGAGCUUCAGGCCCGAGCUGAAGCCUGGCUGCAGAAAAUGCUCCAACUUCCAGACGAUGGGAGGGCUGUGACAAAGUUAAGAAUGCGCAAAGAGCUGUCGAUGGAACUUGAGGAUGGUGCAGAGGCAGAGGCAGAAGAAGCUUGGACGUAUUUGGAGCAACCACAGAUUGUCAAAGUGUUGGGUGCUGUGCUGCAGCGGUUGUCAGGGGGGCGGGCUCGGCUGUGA